UGAAUUCAGUUUGAAGUAAGAGUUGUUUUAGUAAUAUUGUCAUCAAAAAUGAAUGCAGCCCAACGCGCCGCCCUCAACCAGUUACUGCGUCGUGCUUACAGCCAAGCACAAAAAGGCCCAGCUGCUGCAAAAUCCACAGUUAGCAGCAAAGCCGCCGCCUCCGCCACCACUCCCGUUAGCAAUGUAACGGGUCUGAGCAGUGCCUGUGUGAAGCCGACAUCAGCACCAGUUGGUCCCGGUGCUUCAGCAAGCAGCGCCUACAAAGUACCGGAAUAUUUCAGUUUCAACCGAUUCAGUUUCUCUGAGGCCGAAGUGGAACUGGCCCAGUUCCGUUGCCCACAGCCAUCGGCGUUGAAGAAGUAGUUGUGUUGAAUAAUGUGUAGUUAAUGUGCGACCAGCCAAACAAAUGAGAAAUGUAAUUAAUAAAAUACAUAUAUAAUAAACGAUGAUACCAAAA